AUGGCAGAUGCUCAGCCAGCCAAGCUGUCCAAAGCAGUCAGUUUUCAAGCCGCGGUCGGAGCUCCCCUGGAGAUUGAGGUCGAGGAACCUGAGGAGCCGGAUGCCAGCCCGCGGGAAGAUUGGGAGGCAAGCGAGAUCGACUCGAGUGCUUUUCCGUCGACUCCCAGCUCCAGCGAUGAAGAGGUCGUAAUGUCGCCAAGAAGAUCUUCGGUGAGUUCGAGGGUCUCGGACGCCGAUUGGCUUCGGUCCGGUGAGCUCUACCGCCCGCCGCGCUGGGCCACGAGGACUCUUACCAGCUCAGCAUUCCUCGUCUUCAACGUGGCCUUGAUCAUGCUGAACACGUUCUGGCUUGGUAUCCAAGCAGAUGGCAUCGUCAUGUUCAGACAGCAAGUGUUCGAGAACAUGGAUGUCUAUUACGUUGUCGAGAGCAUCUUCACAGGCCUUUUCUUGGUGGAGCUUCUGAUCCGCCUCCUGCACUUCGCGAAAUGGCAACUGUGGAAGGAUCCCCUGUUGCUGGUAGACGUCGUGGUGAUUGUGGUCCCUGCGGUGGAAAUUUGGAUCUGGCGACCGCUCCAGAUCUGGUCCUCGGACAUCACCAUGACUGUGAUGAGUCUGUUUCGAGUUCUCCGAGUAGCUCGAGGCAUCAUGAUGCUCGCCAGCAUCAAAUGGCUUCGACCGCUGUAUCUGUCUGCGAUGGGCCUCAAGCACUCUUUCAGCUACUUGUUUGCCAUGACUAUGUACCUGGCCACCACGUUGUUUGCUGCCUCUGUGCUUAUAUGCCAGCUUGUGGGUCCCAGCAGCCCAAUCCACGACAGCCUUCCAGUUGUGAUCCGUGCUCGGUUCUCAUCGGUGGCCUACGCCUACUUCACGUUAGUCGAGUGCUUGCUUGGAGGUCUCGAGUGGGGCCCACAGCUGUCAGACACGUUGCUCUUCAGCACGAGCACUGUGGUUAGCGGUGUCGUUUUCUUUGCCUUCGUCACGUUCGGCGCGAUGCUUUGGCUGAAGAUCGUGAAGGGAGUCUUCGUGCAUCAGGUGGACCACUCCUUUGAGCUCACGAACGUCACCAAGUUCAAGGAUCCCGAGCUCAAGGAGCUCACCCAGGAUCUCCUCAAACAUUUUGUUCGCUCCAUCAAUGCGAUGGACAGUGAGAUGACUGGCGCAAUCUCCUUCAAAGACAUAUCUGUCGUCUUGCCGCACCACCUGGAUGAUCUGGCAGAUGUGGGGGUGGGUCUGCCUGAGUUGCGGAAGAUCUUCAAUGAGCUGGACACCACCUCUACGGGCCAUGUCUCGAUACCGCUGUUUGUGAGCCGAGUCGAGGAGUACAUGAAGUACAAGCCAGUGGAGGUCCUGAUCUUUGAGAACCAGCAGAUGAGGCUCUUGCAUCUCGUCAAGAAGCUUGCCCAGCGUAACCACAAGCACUUCGACAAGGUGUGCAAGAGUAUGGAGGUCAUGGCCGGCAACUUGGCGCAGGCCUUUUCCACGCAAGAUGGAAUGUCGGCUGCCGUGGAUGAGAAGGUCGAGAGGCGACAGCACCGAGUUCGGUCGGCUGCCGUGGUGCCCACCGCCGAUGCAGCUCAGAAGCUGGACGAGCUCAUCCUGUCGAACGAGUCGCCGAGGGCCGCGGAAACGACGACGGCGUUUGCACCCCUGGCCAGCAGUUCGAACUUCAUUCUUGAUAUUUGGGAAGAGGCCCUGCAAAAGCAGCGAGCGGAAGUGAAGGGCUUGAUCGACUCAAGCAUUCGGCUAGCGAGCCUUUAG